UAACUUUAUAUUUAAAUGAUUAUGAGUUUUUAGGUUUCUUUGUCAAUAUUUUAUGUUGAUAUUUAUUGCAUGCACAACAAUUUUUUACACACGUUACACAUACGUGUAGCCAUAAAUGAUUCGACUUUGAACUCUCCUCUUUCUAGUGUUGAUAUGUCUCGUGUAUAUACUUGAACUUUACUGCGUAACGCACAUCUAUAGAAAACUCUAUUGUCAUUCAUCAGAGUCGAUGUAGGUAAUACUGGCUCUACCUGUCGGAAUAUGUCUACAUGUAUAGUGUGUUAUGGAGGAGAAUUUCACUACGUGCAGUAAUCUGUACGUGACCUCCCUUGUCCUCUCCGGGUUUGUUGAAGUCGCAGGGCCUGCUGGGAAAGAGUACCUUUUUAUCGUCGAUGUCACGUGGUCCGAUAAUCGAUCUUUAACUGUGAAAAGGACUUAUAAAGAUUUUAUAAACUUCCGGACGAAAUUGGUGAAUGCAGCCAAGCGUGAGAAAUGUAAUGUCAACAUACCGAUACUUCAAGGCUACAGAAUUUUUCGCCGUUACGACCGGAAAUUAGCCGAGGAACGGGAGGAGGAACUACAGAAGUUUGUUUCUGUAAUAUUAAGCGGAGACCCAAAGCUGAGGAAGCUCCCAACCGUUGUAGACUUUUUUGAGCCACAGCCGUCAGAUCCGGUCCCUUACAGAUCGCCGCCAGAUGGCGCUUGUAACGAUUCAGAUACAGACGACCCGUUCGCCGAGAAAAUCUUCGACCGGAAAUGGAUGAAAAGCAAAUGAAUCAUAAAGACGCAGGGGUUCUUUUCACCUAAUAAAAAUAUAGAUUGUUUGGAGGCAAAUAUACCGGUUGCAUAUUGAUAAAAUGUCAAACGUUGCAGUAUUCGAUCUCCCAUCAAUGAUUUCUGUUUGUAUUGGAUAUUCUACAAUAUAUCUUAUAUGAAUUCGAUAGUGCAAUGUCUGAUAUAUCAUACACAUUCGGAUUGGAGGGCUAUACACUAUACGUCUCACUGAACAUUGUAUUUACUUGAUUGUUAUAUAUAAGAUUUGUCUAUGCAUGUAAUGCUUUUUCUAUCAUUAAUUAUUAUGCCGAUGUUUGUUUUUCAUAUUUGACACAAAUAAAAUCACCACUUUGUUAAAAUUGACUUAAAUUUGAAAAAGAAGUAAAAUCGACGUAGACGACGACCUUUAGGUCUGC